AUGCCCGAGCCACCCCCGGACAUGACACCAGAGGAGCAGAAGGAUUUGCUCAAGCAACAGGCUUGGCUUGCAGGUGAGAGGCGAGAGCUGGAGCGCCAGCAGAAGCUGGAGGCUGAGAGGGCGGCCGAGGAGCAGCGGCUCAAGCAUGAGCAGCAAAUGCUGGAUGAGCAGCAGGAGCUGCUGGAAAUUCAGGAGGAGGCUGAGCGCCAGGAACGUGCCAGGCAGGAUGAGAACAAGAGGUUGGCGGAGGAACUGUUCAAGGUGGAGAAAAGGGCCGAGGCCUUGAGACAGGCCAUGAUCAGCAGGAGCUCUGGCAGCAAAGCUCAAGGUGCCCCAGCCCGGUCAGGCCACCUCUAUGUGAUCCCGCCUAACUGGCCCAAGGACGUGCUGAUUCCGCCGAUCCCACCGCCUGUGCCCGUGGCACAGAGGACGCCGAGCCAGCCGACACCGAGCACGACGAGCCCGCCGAUUCCGAUGCCGAGCACGCCUCCUGCGAGAUCGCGGUCCCCGGUUGGCACAGGGAGCUUGGCGGAGCAGGUGAGGAAAGUGGCGAGCGGCGGUGAGGCCACCGACCCCAAAGCCUACCUCAGGGCUCGGCUGGAGGCUGCAGCAAGCAAGAACGAGGCGGGGGAGACGGACGAGAAAGCCAGUGAGCAAGCAUACAACAGCACCACGCACCCAACCGAAUGGCACUUCCUCAACCGCCUGGUGAAGAGCAAAAAGGGCACCCUCGAUGACAUCACCAAAGCAUGGGAAGAGGGAGGGAUAAAACGUGCACGGCUCCUUCGCGACUUUGUGGUAAAGGUUUACAGUCCGAGCGAUGACCACUCCCUGAACAAGGGGCGACUGGAGGCAUUGAUCCGUCUUCGUCAAUCGACGAAGGAGUGGAAAAGGCAGAAAGUGGAGGGAGCAAAAAAAUAUUGCACGGCCAAGAAGCUCUACAAGACUUGCCCAUACACAGGCGAGUAUAAAUAUCUCGUGCUUGUCUCCGACACGGUCACGCAAGGCCAAGAGAAGCUGCGAGAGCUGGAAGAGCUCAUGGAAGAAGCUGGUUUCUUCAACGACAAAUUCCAGUUGGGUUGUGGAGAUUCGUUCGAAAUCAGUGACGACGAGACGGUUCCGGAUUCCAAAGCUGCUGCAAAUGGUAAAAAGGGGGGUAACAGAACAGCAGCGAAAGCCUCAGGCCUCCCCAUGGUCGUGGAAGGAGACAACGAUUUAUCAGGAACUCUGGCAAAGUACAAGAAGGCCAUGUUGAAUAAACGCACCGUGUUGAAGGAAGUCAAGGACCGUGAGAUCAAUGAUCUCUACAAGAAGAUCUGCGAAAUGGAGCUUCAGAAUACGAGACUUGAUAACAUCUUAAGCCUCUUGCUCAAGCCCUGUGACUGCAACACACCUCGAUGA